CCUUUGAUUUCUUUUGGCAUGCUUAUGAACUUAGUUUUGUUUUAAACAUCCCCUUUUUUAUAUAGAUUUUUAUAGAUUUGGUUGAAAUCAUGGAUGUCAUAUUUUUCAUCUUUAUAACACAAGUUUUCUUUCCAGGUAGAAGGACAAGAAAAUAAUGAGCCAUUGCCAUAGAAACACAAAGGGUUAAAGGUUUCUCUUUUCAUUUUGUUUUGGGUUGUGUACUGUACUUUGAACAACUUAUGUAUUUUGUGCUCAAAAUAAUUGUACUUUGAGUACAUGGAAAGUUUUCAUUCCAAAUCAUAGAUUUACAGCAUUAAUGCUUUUGAAAUGCUAAUUCUCAAAAUAGAGCACAUAAUUCUUACCAUCUUAUGUUAAUACAGGUAGUAUAGCUGAGUGAAACAAAAAGCAUAUAAAGAGACUUUGAUACUUUUAAUAGUGCAAGUCUGUUCUGCUAAUUUUAGUAUGCAAGUCAGCACAAGGGACAUAAUGGGCCUGAUGGAAGCUUUCCUCAGGUGAGUGAGUUUCACAAGUGAAAAUAAGGCGCCUGUUUGCUUAAAAUUAGAAUCUGUUGCAGGUUUUACAAAUUAGAAUUUCAGCCUGCAUGAAUUAAUAGGGAUAUUAAUUAUUUUACUUGCUUAAUUGUAAUAAUUGAUAUAAACAUGUUUUGUCAGAAUUCACAGGCCCAUACUAACUGUCCUUAAUUUCUUUCCUACAGCAGUACUGCUAUAUGCCAGUCCUGUCUGCAUUCUUAAGGGUGCAGUUCAACACAUCCUGUGUAAAUUAUGGUGAAAAAGUAUUCCAAAGGAAAGUCCUAUCAAAGCUAGUGUCAGAAUGACACUGCCAAUUGGGCAAUGAUCUUAAGUAUAGAAAAUGUUUAAGAAUUUUAUUUUUUCUAAAUUGUAAUGCUAUACUGCUUGUAUAGCAAAUCUGCACAUUUUUUUAGAAUAGUGUGUCCAUGAUGAGUCUCAUUUUUAUAUACUUGGGCUUCCGUAAAGUAUUUAAAAGUUAAAAUAAAAACUCAAGAUACAUAGAAUAAAACAUGGUAUACAAAAAUCUUUUUGCCUGUGAGUAUCAUUGUGAUGGUAAAUGUACUGUAUUACAGUCAACUCCCAGUUGUAAUUAUACCUUCAGAAGAAAAGAGGGUCAAAUAGUAUAAUUUCAUUUUUUUAUUAUAUAAAAAAUGAAGCCCUUCUACAAUAUGACACCUCAAAAUAAAGAACUGGAGGGGUUUUUUUGUCCAAAUUUGUCAAAUGUAUAAACUGAUCUUUAUGCUAAAACAUUUUGAAUCAUUAUCUAGGUAUACAGUAGUUAUUCAUAGUCAGAUAACAAGUAGGAUUUAACAGCUUACACAAGGUAAUGUUUUGAAUAUAAAUAUCUUUCCAAAGUGUUACUAAUGGUAAAGAGAUAAUUUUCUAGGCUUCUAUUCUGCUGCUUGAAGUCAGAACUGCUGAUGGACACAAAGGCACGAAAGUGAGGGAAGACACCUGAUCCUAAAAUGAAUGCCAGAACAUAUAUGGAUGUUAUGCGUGAACAGCAUUUAACAAAAGAAGAGAGGGAAAUUAGGCAACAACUAGCAGAAAAAGCUAAAGCUGGGGAACUUAAAGUCGUCAAUGGCACCUCCUCCCAGCCACCUUCAAAACGCAAACGGCGUUGGGAUCAAACAGCUGACCAGACUCCUGGUACUACUCCUAAAAAACUAUCCAGUUGGGAUCAAGCAGAGACUCCUGGACAUACUCCUUCUUUGAGGUGGGAUGAAACUCCUGGCCGUGCAAAGGGUAGUGAGACUCCUGGAGCAACCCCAGGCUCAAAAAUAUGGGAUCCCACUCCCAGUCAUACACCAGCAGGAGCUGCAACCCCUGGACGGGAUACACCUGGUCAUGCAACUCCAGGUCACGGAGGCGCAACUUCCAGUGCACGUAAAAAUCGAUGGGAUGAGACCCCCAAAACAGAAAGAGAUACACCCGGACAUGGCAGUGGAUGGGCUGAGACUCCUCGUACAGAUCGAGGUGGUGAUUCAGUUGGUGAAACCCCAACCCCUGGAGCAAGUAAAAGAAAGUCACGUUGGGAUGAAACACCUGCUAGCCAAAUGGGUGGUAGUACUCCUGUUUUGACACCUGGCAAAACACCAAUUGGUACACCAGCGAUGAACAUGGCAACCCCUACACCAGGUCAUAUAAUGAGCAUGACUCCUGAACAGCUGCAGGCAUGGCGCUGGGAAAGAGAAAUAGAUGAGAGAAACCGGCCACUGUCUGAUGAAGAACUGGAUGCCAUGUUCCCAGAGGGAUAUAAGGUUCUUCCCCCUCCAGCUGGUUAUGUGCCUAUUCGUACUCCAGCUCGUAAACUUACAGCAACUCCCACGCCAUUGGGUGGUAUGACUGGAUUCCACAUGCAAACAGAAGAUAGGACCAUGAAGAGCGUUAAUGACCAACCAUCUGGAAAUCUUCCUUUCCUAAAACCAGAUGAUAUUCAAUACUUUGAUAAACUAUUGGUUGAUGUUGAUGAAUCAACACUUAGUCCAGAAGAACAGAAGGAAAGAAAAAUAAUGAAAUUGCUCUUGAAAAUAAAGAAUGGUACACCUCCAAUGAGAAAAGCUGCUCUGCGUCAGAUUACUGAUAAAGCUCGUGAAUUUGGAGCAGGUCCUCUGUUUAAUCAGAUUCUACCUCUGCUGAUGUCACCAACACUUGAAGAUCAAGAACGUCACUUGCUUGUCAAAGUUAUUGAUAGAAUCUUGUACAAACUUGAUGAUUUGGUCCGACCAUACGUACACAAGAUUCUUGUGGUCAUUGAACCGCUGCUGAUUGAUGAAGACUACUAUGCGAGAGUGGAAGGCAGAGAAAUUAUAUCAAACUUGGCUAAGGCUGCUGGUUUGGCUACAAUGAUCUCCACCAUGCGACCUGAUAUUGAUAACAUGGAUGAGUAUGUCAGAAAUACAACAGCUCGAGCCUUUGCUGUUGUUGCCUCUGCUUUAGGCAUUCCUUCUCUGUUGCCCUUCUUGAAAGCUGUAUGUAAGAGCAAAAAAUCCUGGCAAGCUAGGCACACUGGCAUCAAGAUUGUACAGCAAAUUGCUAUUCUUAUGGGCUGUGCUAUCUUGCCUCAUCUCAGAAGUUUGGUUGAAAUCAUUGAACAUGGUCUGGUGGAUGAACAGCAGAAAGUGCGCACUAUCAGUGCUUUGGCUAUUGCUGCUUUGGCUGAGGCAGCUACUCCUUAUGGUAUUGAAUCAUUUGACUCCGUUCUAAAGCCCUUAUGGAAGGGCAUACGUCAGCACAGAGGAAAGGGUCUGGCUGCCUUUUUGAAAGCUAUUGGAUACCUUAUCCCUCUUAUGGAUGCUGAGUAUGCCAACUACUAUACCAGAGAAGUAAUGCUAAUCCUUAUCCGAGAGUUCCAGUCUCCUGAUGAAGAAAUGAAAAAAAUUGUGUUAAAGGUAGUAAAACAGUGUUGUGGUACAGAUGGCGUUGAAGCAAACUACAUUAAAACAGAGAUUCUGCCGCCAUUUUUCAAACACUUUUGGCAGCACAGAAUGGCACUGGACAGAAGAAAUUACAGACAGUUGGUUGAUACCACAGUGGAGCUGGCAAACAAAGUCGGAGCAGCAGAAAUUAUUUCCAGGAUUGUGGAUGAUCUGAAAGAUGAGGCUGAACAGUACAGAAAAAUGGUUAUGGAAACAAUUGAAAAAAUAAUGGGGAACCUGGGUGCAGCAGACAUUGACCAUAAACUAGAAGAACAACUUAUUGACGGUAUCCUGUAUGCCUUCCAGGAACAGACCACAGAGGACUCUGUGAUGUUGAAUGGCUUUGGCACAGUGGUUAAUGCUCUUGGCAAACGAGUUAAACCAUACUUGCCUCAGAUCUGUGGUACAGUUUUAUGGCGUUUGAACAACAAAUCAGCCAAAGUUAGGCAGCAGGCUGCUGACCUGAUAUCACGUACUGCAGUUGUCAUGAAGACUUGUCAAGAGGAAAAACUGAUGGGACACUUGGGUGUUGUCCUGUAUGAGUAUCUGGGUGAGGAAUACCCUGAAGUAUUAGGCAGUAUACUUGGAGCACUUAAAGCCAUUGUGAAUGUUAUAGGUAUGCACAAGAUGACGCCACCAAUCAAAGACCUGCUGCCAAGACUCACACCUAUCUUGAAAAACAGACAUGAGAAAGUACAGGAGAAUUGUAUUGACCUGGUUGGGCGUAUUGCGGACAGGGGUGCGGAAUAUGUUUCUGCAAGGGAAUGGAUGAGGAUCUGCUUUGAACUGCUAGAGUUGUUGAAAGCUCACAAGAAAGCUAUCCGACGAGCCACAGUGAACACUUUUGGUUAUAUUGCAAAAGCUAUUGGACCCCAUGAUGUGCUGGCUACACUGCUAAAUAACCUGAAAGUACAGGAAAGACAGAAUAGAGUAUGUACUACAGUAGCAAUUGCUAUUGUAGCUGAAACAUGCUCACCUUUCACAGUACUGCCUGCUCUGAUGAAUGAAUACAGAGUUCCAGAACUGAAUGUCCAGAAUGGUGUAUUAAAAUCUCUUUCUUUUCUGUUUGAAUACAUUGGAGAGAUGGGAAAAGAUUACAUUUAUGCUGUUACGCCAUUGCUUGAAGAUGCUUUAAUGGACAGAGACCUUGUACACAGACAAACAGCCAGUGCUGUGGUGCAGCAUAUGUCUCUUGGAGUCUAUGGAUUUGGUUGCGAGGAUUCUCUGAAUCACUUGUUAAAUUAUGUGUGGCCCAAUGUGUUUGAGACAUCUCCUCACGUCAUUCAGGCAGUUAUGGGUGCACUGGAGGGCCUAAGAGUUGCCAUUGGACCAUGUAGAAUGCUGCAAUAUUGUUUACAGGGUUUGUUUCACCCUGCCAGGAAAGUCAGAGAUGUGUAUUGGAAGAUUUAUAAUUCAAUCUAUAUUGGCUCACAGGAUGCCCUGAUAGCACAUUAUCCAAGAAUCUACAAUGAUGAAAAGAACACCUACAUUCGUUAUGAACUUGACUACAUCUUAUAAUCUUAUUGUUCAGUUGUUUGUGUUUAAUGCACAGCUGUUCCACACUUAAACUUGCUUCAGAUUUGGUGAUGUAAAAUUUUAAAAUGUUGCAGGUCAGAGGAGCUAGAAAACCAUUAGCAUGAUUUUUAAAUAAUCUGUCCUUUUUUAUGUUAAACAGUUAAAGCCAGUAGUGACUAAGAACAGAGUGUGAUUACACAAUGUGCUGGAGGGAUUUCAUUUUGGAUUCAUCUUUAUGAAGAUUCAGAUUUCAUUCCUUGUGUUUAAAGGGGAUGUUUAUUUGAGAAAUAAACAUUUGUGUAUAAAAUACUAAUUUGUGUGUGUGUUUUUGGACAGAGAGGCUUGUGAAACGAAUCUCUUUGAUAGAUUGUUAUGCAUUUGUUUAUGUAAAAAAGGUGGCGUACAUUUUAACCCUCAUUUUGUUAUCCCCUAGUUUUGAAUAAAUAAGAAAAAUGUA